AUGGCGGAGACGACCUGGUUCACGGAGCGCCUCCGUGAGCUGUGUGAGACCGAGCCGGAUUCGAGGGAUGCCCUCCGAGCGAAAAUCCGCGAGAAGAUCGAGUUUGUAGAUUCGUGCAUUCAGCACGGACGUGCUUUGGGUCAGAUUGCUUUGUCAAAAGGACUCUGGGAGGCACCUUCGGCUGUGCUUCGUGAUCAGAAUGAGGCUGUGGCUAAGUUCCGGAACAGAUGCUCCGAGUUGGGUCUGCCACUGCGGCCAGAGCUCUUCCAUGACCCGGAAGAAAGGCCAGAGGCUGCAGAGCCGCAGCAGCUGGCAGAAGCUGAAGCCACAUCCGCCUCGGCAAGUUCACCAGAGAAGAUUCGCAGCCCUACGAAGAUUCUGUAUCUCAAAGCCGCAGCUGGAAUCAAUGGUGUACUGCAGCUACACAAGGCCAUGAACAAAACAACAUGCACUGCACUCUGUCGCAUCCACAUGUCAAACAGGCCUGAGCAGCAGGGCACCCAAAUUGCAAAAGCCUGGAAAGUGGAUCUCGGUAUCCAUUUGCCACGCCGGCAAGAUUACAAAGGCAAGAUUGACAUCGUUGGAGUUGGUCUGCAGGUCCGUGGCUGUAAGCCGCCGCUCCAGGAGGCGGCCAUGGGAUGUUUGAUUCGUGUGCGCAAUUACGAAGUCCAGCUCGACAGCCUGAAUGACUUCCUAGAGUUCACCAACCUCAGACAGAGGUGGAGGUUUACAAAAAUCUUCACCAAGGGCCAGCAGAAACUGCAGACAGGCAUCAAACUGCACGUGCUCGCAUGGUUUCUGCUACGUGUGCCCUUCCUAGACAGCUUCGAGGACAUCAGCUACUCCCGCCUUCAACGGCGAUUGCUCCACCGCCUCAGCCAAGCAGCCGAGCAAAAUUUCCCCGCAAUCCUUCGACCUGACCUACCUGUUCUGCAAGCAGACCAUAAACUGCACCCGGCGAAGAAGGGAGGAGGAUUUCUUGGUGCAACAUCCGACCAGAGCCUAGAGAAUAUGGACUUGAAGGGGGUGCUCCCGGUCCAUUAUAGCAGGACUGCAGCGGAUUUCUACUUCCGGUACAUCCGGAAAACUGGCGAGAUCUUGGCGGAGGAGAUUGCCAAGAUGACCCUGAAGAGCUUCAGUGUCCUCUGCGACGCAAGUCCCAAGGGCCACAUGAGUGUUUGGCUUCCGGUGGUGUGCUGCAAUGACUUUGCAGCAGUGGGCACUUUGCAAAAGAUGGAUCCCCACCACGUGAGUGAGGUGGAUACUGCUACGAAGAUGAAAGCUGCAGCCCAGAUCGCCGGUGCUACAGCAGAUCUCCUGGUGGCCGACCGGCCUCGCAAGAUCAAAGAAGUGCACCAAAAGAAGCUUGCUGCCAAAGAGCAGCUGCAGGCCCUCCACAACUGCAUCCAACAUAUGGGCAUCAACUUCGACCAGCUCUGGCCGGAUGAAAGCCUCCGUCCCAUCAACCCGCUGAUGGAGCAGCGGCUGUGUCACCGCUUUGAAGGGGAAGACAGGAUGUAUGUGCACAAUGCGAUGACCUCCGAGUGCCACUGGGAGCCUUUGAACGGGGCUCACUACCGCCUCGUCUUGGCACCGGACGAGGGAUCCUCAUUGUUCACGGGCUUUAUGUUUUUGGCUUCGAAAGGAGCUGCCAUUGGGUUCAACCGUGACGAGUGGAAUGGCCUCGCGCCAACCGAGAACGAAGAUGAGGACUUCGAAAAUGUCGUCGGCAUUCUCUCGAAGUUGGUGAAGCCACUCGGCUUUCACAAUGCCGGCGUCAACCCGUUCCACAUUCUCUCCAAGCAGGCCGAUGUGGAGGCUCCUGAAUCCAGCUUCGAGAAAGUCGUGGAUUUGACGGCUCUACGUGUGAACUUUUCCAGGGACCCGCUGACAGCAGAAACGCUACUCGAGCAAGUGCUUGCCUACCUCGCAUGCUGUUUCGAACUCCUGGAGUACGCCUCCUACCUCCGUUCCUUCCCUGCCUUGUCGGCUGCCCUCCUAGCUACAGAAAGCACAGAGGCCACUCGGGCACAGGUUCUGCAGGAAGCAAAAGCAGAGUGGAGCACGGUGUUGGACAUGGAAAAAUCGACAGCAGGGAUUUGCAAUGAGUCCGAAGAGAAGCUUACACCGGCCACUCCCGAGUUGACUGAGAAGGACUGGGAGGGCAAAGAGGUCAGGGCGCUGAAGCACAAAAUUUGGAGCCCCACUUCGGCCCUGCCGUGCAAGAACAUCCGCUUGGAGGAAAUCUUGAAGCCGUUCGCAACCACGAAUGGAGAAAGCCCGAUCGACGCCUCGAACCACUUCUGGGUUGCAAGCUGCUUUGAGAGAGGAGUUGUUUUUCGGCACGAGGGCAAAUUCUUCAUGUGCACAGGCAACACCUAUAAGAGAACCACUAAUAUCCGCGAUGCCUGGGCUUCAUUCCCUCUUCAGGCUGAGAUCUUUCAGUGCACUUUCCACGUUGCAGAUGCUGCCCUUGCUGCAAAGACAGGCAGCAUUGUGAUUCGGAGGGCCCCAAGGGGCUGGAGCCUCCUGGUGUUUUUGUUUCGAACAGAACGCAUUCUUACAAUCACAUCAGCUGCACUGACUGAGCUUCUCCUUUUGGAGGGCAUGAGAUUGCCGAAGAACGCUGCAAAAGCAGCGAAGAUCAGAAAGCUCAUGGAGUCUACUUCUGUGGCCGAGCACACAGAUCAGAACUUGAGGGACAAGAUCGAAGCACAGCUUUUGCAUCAAGAUCAAAAGAAAAAGCGAAAGGGCGAUACAGGCGAUGAGCAAGAUGAAGAGGGCGACGUGGAGCAGGCAGAGCAGGAGAUCGAUCCUGCUUGUGUUGCUUGUGAGCAGCUUCUCGCUGACCUGGACAGAGAGGAGGAGGCUGACCGAGUGGACGCGACUGGGCCGAUUUUUAACAUCUGUUCCCGUGUCAAUUACAAAAUAAAUGUUCUAGACCUUUGCAAACUAACACAAAGAAAGCAUUCCACAGACCCACAUUGA